GCGGGGCUCGGAGCUUCGCGCGGGUCGCGUCGACCCACUGUGCCUUCUGUCCCAGAGGCGGAGCCGGAAGUGUCACGGACGGACCACCGAGACCCUCCGUUUUCGGAGGGACCGUCCCCUUCCUCCCGGCCGCUCCGCCUCCGUCUUUCUCAGCCCCUCACCCCGCGGCCGGAGCCCCCAGCUCGGGCGGGGCGGGGCGGGGCAGCCAGAGCGCCGGACCCGGAAGAAGCCUUCUCCCGCCUCCGCCAUGGAGCCCACCGCGCCGUCCCUAACCGAGGAGGACCUGACUGAAGUGAAGAAGGACGCCUUAGAAAAUUUGCGUGUCUACCUGUGUGAAAAAAUCAUAGCUGAGAGACAUUUUGAUCAUUUACGUGCAAAAAAAAUUUUAAGUAGAGAAGACACUGAAGAAAUUUCUUGCCGAACAUCAAGUCGAAAAAGGGCUGGAAAAUUGUUAGACUACUUACAAGAAAACCCCAAAGGACUAGAUACCCUGGUUGAAUCUAUUCGGCGAGAAAAAACACAGAACUUCCUGAUACAGAAGAUUACAGAUGAAGUACUAAAACUCAGAAAUAUAAAACUAGAACUUUUGAAAGGACAGAAAUACAGCGGCUGUGAGCCUUUUCCAGAUGGAGCCACAAACAACUUCUCUAGAUCAAAUUCAGAUGAGAGUACUUUCCCUGAAAAGCUGAGAGCGUCCACUGUCAUGUACCACCCAGAAGGAGAAUCCAGCACAGCCCCCUUUUUUUCUACUCAUUCUUCUUUGAAUUUGCCUGUUCUAGAAACAGGCAGUACUGAAAAUCCCACCUUCUCUUCAACUACACUUCCUAGACCUGGGGACCCUGGGGCUCCUCCUUUGCCACCAGAGCUACAAUUAGAAGAAGAAGGAACCUGUGGAAACUCCAGUGAGAUCUUUCUUCCCUUAAGAUCACGACGUCCUCUUUUGCCACAAUGACAGUUUGCUUCCUUUUAGGUAUUUUUUAUAACAUCAAAAGAAUUUGAAGGAAUAUGAAUCUUUUUAAAAAUUGCUAUGAUGAUUUAUUAACAUCUCAUACUUGUCUUAAAAUGCAAUGUAAGCACAUUUUGUACAUAGAAAUUUUUAGAAUAAAAGAAGCAUAGUUUUAGACAGCUGAAGUUAUGUACUUUUCAGUAUUGCUAUUUGAAUGUUCACUUUUGAUGUAUAUUUUGUGUUUUCAAAUCUUUAUGUUUUAAGACUAAUUUUAAUAGGGACAUCUCUAUUUGAGAAUAAGACUCAGGCUUAGAAUAAUGUUUCUUCUCAGUGUGUUUGUGCUAGAUGUUUCCACAGGCUUGUAGUGUUUUCCCAUCAUUCAGCAGUAAAUUUUCAGAACUAAGCUGUUUGAAGCCAGUUAUGAAGCCAGUCACUGGUAGGAAAGUGAUCAGUGGUCUGAGAAGUUUCCCACCCACUCGGGCUCACAGGCACUGAGUCUCCUUCCAGUCACAGGAGCAUCCCAUGGAGCUGAAGCCCCCCAAGAUCUCAACUUAUUGACCCUACUAGUCAAUAGUACCUUCUAAAUUUUCACAUAGUUUUAUCACUUAUCAUUCCUAAAGUAAAAUCUUAAAAACCUCAGUUAUUACAUGUAAUUUGAUGAGAAUUUUAAAAAUACAUUCUCUGUAUUUAUUCUCUUUUAAUAAGGACCACAGCACAGUUGAAAUAAUGAGAAAAAAAGUUUUUGUGUGUAUGUGUGAUAAUUCUGUUUUCAAUAAUAUUUGGGAUAAGUUGGCCAUUAGCUAGAUUUGUCUUUUUGAUACAUAACAAAAUUUGACUAAUUUUACUCAUUCAUAAAUUUAUGUUUUUUCAUUUAAAUUAUUAUUAUACUGAUGUCAUAGCAUCUAUGUCAUAUGUGUUCUUAUUACUUAUGAAAAGCAGAGAUGGAAAUGUGCUAUUAGUAAUUAAAGUUUUUCAAUUUUAGUACUGUUUUGGAAGCCUGAACCACCAAUAGGAAAUAAAUAUCUGAAAUACUUGGUAUUUAUGUAAUAAUUUUUAUAGAAAACAUAACUUCAAGUUGUGAGAUUAAGAUGUAUAUUGUUUUUAAAAUUUCUUUUAAAGAUUGGAUAACUUAUAGUACAUUUUAUACAAUUAUGGAGAAACAUGUUUUCUCUAGCAUAUCCUAACAGUGGCAUUACAUUAAAGAAAUCACUUAAAAACAGAAACGGACUUUGGAUUUCAUUAAAUAUACAUUUAAUUGAUAUGUGGCUACUUAAAAAAAA